AUGACGUCGUACUUUUCAAGGCUAGCGCCGGAUCUUUCAAGGUCCAAGCCGAGCACCAACCUUGCGAUCCCUGGCUCAACGUCAUCGUCCUCGUCGAGCUCAGUAUCAAGAAGCCCUCUCCCCUCCCCCUCCCGACUCCUCUUCGGUCGUCAAGCAACAAGCACAAUCCCCAUCGACCCCUCCGAUACAGACGAGAACCGUGAUCUCGAAGACAACAAGAUCAAAUGCUCCGAUUGUCAUGCCUUCAUGGAUGUGACUCAAUUGGGCGAACAUAUCUGUAGCGAAUCCCCUCCGUCGACCGGAACGACGAUGCCUAGCCACAGUACGGCGGAGGUAGUCUCACCUUUUUCAGUCUCAAGGCUGGCGAAUGGAUUGAAAAGACAGGUGCCGAAUAGGUUACGGAUCGAUGUGACGGCUACGAAACCGUCGGAAUCGGUUGGAGCCUCGACAGGUGGAACGACGGCGACGCAUGUGCCUCUCGGUCCGAAAGGCGCGGUCGUGCAGUCAGGGUCUCAAAGUGGUCCGUCGCUUUUGGACCGGCAUUAUACUGAUAAUCUACUGUUGGACUGAUUACGUCGGUCUCUCGCCUCCUUUACUAUCUCGUUUCCAGGCUAUCUGAGCGCGAAAGUGAACAAAUCGCACUUUGAUGCCUCGCAACCCGCGGCCCCGAACUACCUCCCUCGCUCGCCAUCAGCAACGUCGGUCUCGUCGAGCUCGUCGAAUAAGCUACCCUUUUUCGAAAAGUACCAGCGACUUAACACCCCAACCGCAUCAUCGUCGCCCACGACAACAGGGUUGUCGCGCAGCCCCAACUCGGAUGACCUCGCUGCCCGAGCCAACUCCCGCCAGCCUGUGUGUCCGACGACGAGUGCCCAUUUGCCGACCCCGGAGGCUACGGGAGGAAUGUACAGCCUUCCGAACAACGGAUCGUCUCGGUCACUCGCAUCUGCUGGAGCACUCAGUGUCGGUUUGGGCAGCGGUCGCGCUUCCGCGACCCGUGACCCUUCUCCCCAACCCUCGGUUCGUAGUCUUCAGUCGAAUGAAUCGCGCUCCUCCGACGCUCGUCCGAGACGGGAGAACUCAAAUAUCACUGCGGCAUCGUCGGUCUUGUCGAGUAGCCCACCUCGCUCGAGGCAUAUCGUCGUGGACGAACGCCGCAUCGUGCCGGCCGAAGAAUUGCCAUCACCCGACCACGACGAUUUCUUCUCGGCCUACGACGAUCAUCGUCGUGCGACCCUCAAAGCCUCUCAUUCGACUCCGAAUGAUCUCGCUUACUACGGUCAAACGAAUCCAGCUCAUGCGCCGAAACCAAAACCGACGCCUUUGAAGCAGUCGUCCCUUCAGAGUCGAGCGACGCCCGAACUCGAUUCCUCCGGGCAGUCGACCCCUGCGAUCUCCAUUGGGAUGACGCGCAGCAAGGGUUCGAGCCAAUCUCUCGAUGACUGCCUGGAGGAUUUGCGCCUGAUGACCGAGUCGGACGAAGAGGAAGAUUACGAUCCCAUCCCGAGCGAGUACUACGAUCGACGAUUGACCUGUUCGGGACCUUUCGACGAGGACAUUGAGCUGGAGCGAACCCCGAAAGUCUCUACGGCGUUAACACAGUCGCGUUCGACACCGGCUUUGAGCUCAUCGGCGGCAUUGGCAUCGAUCGUGGGAUCUGGGUCGUCGUCCACAAGAGCUCCUCACUCGAGUUCUAGUCGCAACGGAAGCGAAGCCAGCAUUUUAGCAUACAAACCCACGUCGUACCAGCCGCGCGGCUUGUCCUCAACGACGGCGGUUAAAAGCUGCACAACAUGUCGACGCGAUCUUUCCCACGAUCUCAAAAAUAUCCAAAAAGCCGGUGACGGUCAAGUCUUUUGUCGGAGUUGCUACGCCGAGCGGUUCCUACCCAAGUGCCGAAAAUGCUGCCGAGCGAUCGAAGGUGGUGCCGUCACGUCGAGCGAUGGCAAAGUCCUUGGUAAAUAUCACAAGGACUGCUUCACUUGCUUCACUUGCUCGGUCCCUUUCCCCAAUGGUGAUUUCUACGUCUACGACCACAAGCCGUACUGCCAGAUGCACUACCACAAACUAAAUGGCUCGUUGUGCGCGAACGUGCGCUGCGGACAACCGAUCGAAGGUCCGUGCGUCUCGCUCGUCGGCGUCGAGAACGGUGGCGGGGGACGCUACCACGUCGAUCACUUUGUAUGUUCGCAUCGGACGUGUGGGAUAGCUUUACUCGAACACCACUUUGUCGUCUCAGGUCUUCCUUUUUGCGAGCGACAUGCCGAGGCGCUUUCCCCCCGACUACCGAUGGCGCCGACGGCUGGGUUUUCGAGGUCGAAUCCUCUGGCUGGCAACAAUGGUCGCUCGGACCCAACCCCUGCAUCGACAACGCGAGCCAAGAAGCGUCAAACCAUCAUCACUCGUCGUUAG